GGUGCGAUAACCGAACAGUGUCCUAGAAGUGGCUUCCGAGAUAGCUCCCGUAGGCAGAGGGAAACGCAAUCUCCACGCAACAGUUCGGGCUUCUUGAAGGUUCCCAAAGUGAUAAGUGAAAGUUGGGAGCGUAUUCGAGACUCUCCCAGCACAACUGUCGGUCUGGGACAAUCGAUAGCAACGUCUGAAGAAGGAAUUGCUGAACAGCAGAACCAUGAGCAGCAACGCUCCCGGGGCCACCAACCCCAUGCUCUACGACCCGAUCCCCGAGGGGCAAGGUUCGACGACGAAGCGAAACCAAUUCAUCGCGGCACUUGGAAUUUGUAUGGCCGCAGUCAGCGGCGGAACGGCUCUGGCGUGGACUUCGCCCGUGCUGGCCCAACUAGUGCCAAACAACGCGACCGCAGCGGAAGAGCGAAUUGCCCGCGAAGAAGCACGAGACUCAUUUGAACUGACCGCCGAUGAAGGAUCUUGGGUUGGCGCUUUUUUGGCCGUCGGCGCCUUUUGCGGUGCUCUUCCCGCUGGCUAUUUGGCAGAGAAAAUCGGUCGCAAGUACACCACGAUGUCAUUGGCCGUUCCGUACCUCAUCAGCUGGGCGUUGAUCAUCUUUGCUUCCAAUGCGGCAAUGUUGUAUGCAGGGCGCAUCGUCAUUGGUAUUGCAACAGGAGCGUCUUGUGUUGUCGCGCCGAUGUUUGUUUCGGAAAUUGCCGAAACAUCGAUCCGUGGCGCGUUGGGUGCGUUCUUCCAGCUUCACCUUACCGUUGGUAUUCUGUUUGUCUACGCGGUCGGUUCGUACACACACUGGGUCACGCUGAGCAUACUGUGCGCCAUCUUUCCGGUGUUGCUGAUCGUGGCCAUGUUUAUUGUCCCCGAAAGUCCGGUCUUUUUAGUGAAAAAGGGACGUCGUAUCGAUGCCGGAGUGGCACUGAAGUGGUUCUGGGGUCCGAACGCUGACACCCAAUCGGCCUUGCAAACGAUUCAGUCCGACCUGGAUGCUGCGUCGGGCGAUGCCAAAUUGUCAGACCUCUUCACCAACGCCACCAACCGAGCGGCCUUGUUCAUAUCCUUGCUGUUGAUGUUCUUCCAGCAGUUCUCCGGCAUCAACGCGGUGAUCUUCUACACCGCUCCGAUCUUCCAGUCGGCCGGCAGUAGCAUGGAUCCGGCCAUCUGUUCGAUCGUUGUUGGUGUCGUCCAGGUGGUCAUGACGCUCGCCUCAUCGGUGCUGAUCGAUAAAGCCGGCCGCCGGAUACUACUCCUGCAGAGCAGUUUCAUCAUGGGCUCGUGUUUGAUUGUGCUCGGCGUGUUCUUCAAGCUGCAGAACGAUAAAGUCGACGUGUCGAACCUGGGCUGGUUACCUUUGGCCUCGGUGGUGCUGUUUAUCGUUAGCUUCUCGCUCGGAUUCGGACCGAUCCCGUGGAUGAUGAUGGGCGAGCUGUGCGCACCGGACAUCAAGGGACUAGCAUCGGCGCUAGCAGUUAUGUUUAACUGGGCGCUCGUCUUCCUCGUCACCAAGUCGUUCGGCUCGAUGCAGGAACUGCUCGGUUCCGACUGGACAUUCUGGUUCUUCGGUGCGUGGAUGAUCGUCUGUACGGUGUACGUGUUUAUCAAGGUGCCGGAAACGAAAGGCAAAACCAACGCACAGAUUCAGGCGAUCCUUGGAGGCAAAAAGUAAGGCUGACGGCACUGUCACUAGGUACCGUUGGUACGUGUAAACUGUGUAGUUGUUUGUACGCGUUUCGUUUCUUAUCUCUACGGGCAUCCCGGUCGGCCACAGCUAGCAACCCGGCGGUCACGGGAUGCGUUUUAAGUUUUAGAAUUUUUAUUUUAAAGUGUUGUAAAUAUGUUACUGUACUCCCAUGCAUCACAAUCCCUAAGGUUUCGUAUCGUUUAAGUGCAGUUUCGAAGAUUUUAAGUUCAAUGUUUAGGUCAGGGUAGAUAAUGAAUGCGAUCCGUUUUCAAAAUGCAGUCAUCGGCGGAGCAAUCAAAGGACUGAAGGGAAUGCACGUCAGGCACGUAGGAAACACUGCACGUAAGAAGUGACCAUAACCUGAAAAGGCUGUACUAUGUGCCAGGCCUAUGAAAAGCAUAAAAAUUGUAAACCGGAACAGGAACUACGCCUCGUAUAGAUGCUCUCGUGUUUUUAGCUGUUUGUUUGCUUGCACGCGGUUAGACGAGAAAAACAUGUUGUUAAACGUUAAAGUUUAGACGAUAGGUUCGUUUGGUCCACUGUUCUGGUAUGGUUCGACUUUAGUGUCCAGCUAAUGAUGAAGGCAAACGAAGAGUUGUGGCACAUGCUCUAGACUGAUUAGAUACAGAUUGUCAGCCAUAGUCUGCCAGGGUCGUUACUUUGAUUAUGGUUGGAUUGCCAAUCUCAGUUCCAACUUUUGAUGGUGAUAUUGCAGUGUAGAAAGAAGUAUACUUGCAAUUCUUACGAGUUGGAUUGCGUUUUUGGAGUAGGGAGCGGUAAAGUGUAAAAUAUUCCCAGGAGGAAGGAAGUGUGGUUCAUGCGAUAUACACGCCAUACAAAACAUAAAUGUUUAAACAUAAAACAAAACAUGCAAACAAUUCCUACUCAUAUCAAAUUCUUUGUAAUGCCACUAACCAACCCUGUCUUCGCAUCUAUAACACUGUUGUAGAACUCAGCCGAACUUUACCUCCGAUAAAAGAACCUCUGACCUUACGGAAAUUCCUGUCUGUAAAACAACCUAGUGGACCUCAUUUGGGUUAGGUUUUUUCCCAGUGGCAGGUCGUGGUUCAGUUUGAUCCGUUCCUAAAGGUUUCACAUUUUUUUUUUAUAUUUCGUUCGCGGUGCCAUAUAAAAAAAACGCAACAUGGAUAAUAUAGAAAAUAAACCACUUAUAUCCUUAGCAAAACAAAACGCUACAUUGUCAGUUGUGCUUUCUGAGUCGGAAAUAUAUGCUGUAAUGUGUUUUGAUCGCGUAUGCUAA